CCAUCCGUCUCUGUUUCAUUAUUUGUUUGCCACUUUAUAUUAUUAUUUCUCUCCUACACAAAAUAAUAUCUCCCGCCGGCCGGACAUGAACGGACUUCGAUUGCACGACGGCGGCGUCCGCCUAGAACUCACUCCACCUACUUGUUCACUUGCCAUCGAUGUCUCCGAGUCACCGGAGAUGAGAAUCCACCGGCUGAUUUCCGAGAACCCCGUCGUGAUCUUCACGCGCUCUUCUAGUUGCUGCAUGUGUCACGUGAUGAAGCAGCUUUUGUCGAAUAUCGGCGUUCAUCCAACGGUGAUCGAGCUUGAGGACGAUGAGGUAACCGCCGCCGGGGAGAAUGCGCCGGCAGUGUUCAUCGGAGGGACACGUGUGGGAGGGUUUGAGAGCCUUGUGGCACUUCAUCUGAGUGGUCAUCUUGUUCCCAAGCUCAUUGAAAUAGGUGCUCUGGGGAGCUUGAAUAGAAAUAGAAUGAUGAUGAUGGUAUUGUAAUUUAUUCUGUAGCAGCCAGGCUUUUGUAUUUCAUGCAUUAAGUCGAUUUUAGCUUAUAUAUGUUUCAAUUUUACUUAAA